AGGGCACUUUGCGUAACCAUUUUGCAGACACCUACCAAAACGAAAUCGCAUUGAUCGACUCGCCUAUCUACUGGCCCGUAUCGCAGAGACAGACCAAAGUCGUGCGGCUUGUACGUUGACGUGUAACGUCUUCCUUUCUGGCAGCCCCCCCCCCCCUGGCAGAGCUGUUGGGGUGCAAUCUUCCUCUUAUUUGUCCUUCACGACUCCAGAGUGGCCUGACGCCUCUCCAGUGUCAGUGCCAGUGCCCGUCUCUGCAAUAUCGUCAACCACAACCUCCGGACCAUCUGCACAGGACCCGCAACCCAGAGACACAAUGUCCUCGUCUCUCCAACCGGGCAGCGGCGGCGGCAGCAAGAAGAAGGGAGGGAGAAGCGGAGAAGGCCGCAGAGUGACGCUAGAUCACAUCGUCGUGCUGGUCCCGUACCACUUCCUCUCCGGUCUGCCGGGCUUAUCUGCGUCCGGUAACGGCGGCGGCGCAGACGGGACAGCAGCACAAGCCGCAGCAGGACAAGAAGCAGCACCAGAGUGGUUCCGGGAGCUAUUCACCUUCUCGCCCGGCGGGCGGCACGCGGACGGCCUGACCGAGAACGUGCUCGUGCUCUUCAAGAGCGGGGUGUAUCUCGAGUUCAUUGCGUUCACGCCCGAGGCGGCCGGUGCUACUGCUGCUGCUGGUGGUGGGGGGAAGGGAAGGCAGGGGCACAAAUGGGGCGGGUUUGCCGAGGGGAGCGUCGUCGACUGGGCCGUCACUGUUUUCCACGACGGAGGAGGAGGAGGAGAAAGCGGGACGGGAGCGGCAAAGAAUGACUAUGACGAGGUGGUCAGGCCCAUCACGCAGCGCGUGCUGCUCGGACACCGUCGCCAUCACCAGCCCGACGACGAGGGGCAACAGCCGGGCGGUGGUGGCGGCGGCGGCGGCCAAGUGGUGGUCUAUGGUGAUUUGAUACCCGGCGGGAGAACGCGGCCCGACGGGGUCAAGCUCGAGUGGGCUACCGUUCCUGCCGUUCGGCUCGACCCGUCGUCGUCGUCGUCGUCUUCGCCAUCGCCAUCCGAGAAAGAAGCUACUCCUGUUGAUCGUCGCGGUGGUGCCGCAGCCGCAGAAGCAGAAGGAGAGCAAGUCCACCCCGGGCAAGCGCCGUUCUGGUGUGUCGACGAGACCCCGCGGGAGCUGCGGGUGCCGUACGCGCACGCAGGCACAGAGCAUGCCAACACGGGAGCCGUCGGCGUGGCAAGCGUGCAGGUCACGCCCGCUCCUGGAGUCUCCGCGGGGGAUCUGGGCCGGCUGUACGAUGAAGUCUUUGCCCGUGGCGAUGGCGAGGAUGGCGCUGAGGAGGAGGAGAAGAAGAAGAACAACAACAACAAGUGGGCGCUUUCUGCGCCCGAGGGCACGCACUUUCAUCGAGAUGGUGUCCUGGAGCUUGUCGAUGCGGCUGGUCAUGAAGCAGCAGUCGCUGCUGGCGAUGUCGUCGUGGCGCUCUACACUGACAAGCCGGAGCUUGCGGGGAAGAGGGUCGGAGGCAAAGUUGAUGGAGACAGGGCAAUCUGGUUCGAUCUUGUGGGAGUUUGAGCUAGUGGGAUGUUAGAAGCUUCGUCUUCAUCAUGAAUAGACUGUAUGGAAUUGUGCUGUGAGCGUCG